AUGAGUUCAGUUGGAACAACAAAGCCUCAUGCAGUGUGUGUUCCAUACCCAGCACAAGGCCAUGUCAACCCCAUGAUGCAGCUAGCCAAGCUUCUACACUCAAGAGGCUUUCAUAUCACCUUUGUCAAUACUGAGUUUAACCAUAAAAGGUUGGUUAAGUCCAAAGGGCCAGACUCAGUGAAGGGCUUGCCUGACUUCCGGUUCGAUACUAUACCGGACGGAUUGCCUCCUUCCGAUUGCGAUGCAACCCAAGAUGUCCCUGCCCUUUGUUACUCAACUCGAAAAAGCUGUUUGGUUCCUUUCAAAGAAUUAUUGAUUAAGCUAAAUUCGUCGGCUCAAGUGCCUCCAGUAACAUGUGUAAUUUCGGAUGGAGUCAUGAGCUUUGGCAUAAAUGCUGCGGAGGAAUUAGGCAUUCCGGAGGUCCAGUUCUGGACUGCCUCGGCUUGUUCCUUCAUGGGUUACCUACAUUACCGUGAACUCAUCAAAAGAGGCAUUUUUCCAUUUAAAGAUGAGAAGUUCAAUCACGAUGGUACACUUGACACACCCAUUGAUUGGAUCCCUGGGAUGAGAAACAUACUGCUCAGAGACCUCCCGAGCUUUUUUAGAACCACCAACCCCAAUGAUAUCAUGUUCGACUUCAUGGGAGAGGAAGCUCAACAUUGCUUAAAAGCUCCUGCAAUAAUCUUCAACACUUUCGAAGAGUUUGAACAUGAAGUUUUGGAGGCGAUCGCGUCCCUGUUUCCGAACAUUUACUCUAUAGGACCGCUUCCUUUGCUAGGCAGGCAGGUCCCUGAUGGCCAAGCCAAGUCACUUAACUCAAGUUUGUGGAAAUUGGACUCCAAAUGUCUAGAAUGGUUAGACAACAAAGAACCAAACUCGGUUGUAUUUGUGAAUUAUGGAAGUGUGACAGUAAUGUCAGACCAACACUUCAAGGAAUUUGCAUGGGGGCUUGCCAACAGUAAGCAUCCUUUUUUGUGGAUUGUUAGAGCUGAUGUCGUGGUGGGAGACUCAGCAACUUUGCCUGAAGAAUUUUUUGAGGAGAUAAAAGAUAGAGGAUUUAUAACAAAUUGGUGCCAACAAGAUCAAGUGUUGUCCCACCCAUCAGUUGGCACUUUUCUAACCCAUUGCGGGUGGAAUUCUACGACUGAGAGUGUGUGCGGAGGUGUGCCUGUGCUAUGCUGGCCUUUCUUUGCUGAUCAACAAACGAAUUGUCGGUAUGCAUGCAAAGAAUGGGGGAUUGGAAUGGAGGUAAAUCCUGACGUAAAGCGCGACCAAAUUGAAGCACUAGUUAAGGAAAUGAUGGAAGGGGAUAGAGGGAAGAAAAUGAAGGAAAAUGCCCAGGAAUGGAAGAAGAAAGCAGUAGCAGCUUGUGAUAUUGGAGGGACUUCUUACAAUGACUUUGAUAGAUUCAUCAAAGAAGCUCUUCAUUAUACAGAGUAA